AUGGCUGCCGCGGCUACGCACGACGCACCCGAGGAGCCUCAGAGCGAUGGCUCCAAGCUCAAGACCUUUAUCGGUAUCCUGAAAAAGUUCAUCGGCGUCGCCGACCUCGCCGCUGUGCGCUUCUCUCUUCCGUCUCAGCUCCUCGAGCCGACGCCGAACCUCGAAUACUGGAACUACCUGGAUGCGCCCAACGCCUUCGCCGCCAUCGGCACCUCGGACGAGCCUCUUGAUCGCAUGCUCGAGGUCUGUCGCUUCUGGUUCACAAAGGACCUCAAGUAUGUCAAGGGCAGGCCUUGCAAGCCCUACAACUCGUGCCUGGGAGAGUUCUUCAGGUGCAACUGGGAAAUCGAGGAUAAUGCACCCAAGAUCAACACCGCAGCCCUUCAGAGCGCCGGAAGUGGCACUGCCAGCAGCUCGUCUAGCUUCAAGUCGGCCAAGGUCGACAAGAACGCAUCGGCCGUCUCGCUGUCCGUUCCGCAGCACGGCACUUCGACCCCCGAGAGCAAACCUCUCCGCAUCUCCUACCUGACCGAGCAGACCUCCCACCACCCGCCAGUGAGCGCCUUCCACGUCAGCUGCCCCGAUAAGGGCCUCUCCGCCCGUGGGUUUGACCAGAUCACGGCCAAGUUCACUGGUACCAGCGUCCGCGUUCUGCCCGGCGAGCACAACCUCGGCAUCUUCAUCACGCUCGAGAAGCGCGGAGGCGAGACGUAUCGCCUGACGCAUCCCGCCGCCCACCUUGGCGGUAUUCUCAGGGGAAGCCUAAGUGUCAGCGUCAGCGAGAUGGCGUACAUAACGUGUCCGCAGACAAAGCUCAAGACGAUCCUUCAUUACGUCGAGGCUGGCUGGCUCGGCCGCUCCACGAACCGCGUCGAGGGUAUCAUCUUCAAGUACGACCCCGAGAACGACGACAAGGUGAACAUCAAGGACGUGCCCGAGGCCGAUAUUGUUGCCCGCCUCAGCGGCCCGUGGCGCGAAAAGAUCGAGUUUACCCUCGGUCCGAAGCCAGUCAACUCGCACCCUCCUGAAGCGAGGUACACCAUCAUUGACCUCGCCCCCCUCAACGUCGCGCCCAAGGUUGUGCCACCGAAGGAGAAGCAGCUCGAGAACGAGUCCCUGACAAUGUGGGGCGGUGUCACCGAGGCCAUUCACGCAAAGCAGUUCUCCAAGGCCACACAGGUCAAGGUCGAUCUCGAGGAGAAGCAGCGAGAGCUGGCGCGCGAGCGCGAGCGUACCGGCGAGGUCUUCAAGCCCGUCUUCUUCGUGCAGGUGACGGACGAGGGUGGCAAACCCGAGCUGACGGAGAAGGGUCGCGAGGUGCUCGCGCGCGCGCAGAGGAACGAGUGGGACAUGAGCGGCAUCGUAUGA